AUGCCGCCGACUCCGCUUCUUUCCGAACGUCGACUCCGGAGUACCCUAACGUCCAAAGCUUGUGAUUCCUGCAAGGCUAGAAAGAUCCGCUGUUCCGGUUACCCUCCGCCGUGCCAGAGUUGUACCAUCCGAAGCGCGACUUGUCGAUUCGGGACGCGCAAAAUACCACUUCGGAAGAACGUUAAUCGAAAUCUAUUACUGACUACCGACGAAACGUCGCCCAACAUUAAACUCGAUGACGGUAGCCCUGCUGGGCAGAAUCUUGUGCCUGACGCAGAUCUGAAGCGAGACGCCGCCUUUUAUCCUCUACAGAAUGACCUCUUCAUAGACCGGAUCUUGUUUGGGUCAUCAUCAACAGAUGUUCCAAAUGCUGAUGAACGAUUUUCUCUAAAGGGAAUCGGCCUGUUGAGCGGUACUCAUAGUGUUACGUUCUUCUCCGAUAGUAGACUAGAGACGCUUUCGGCCAAGCUUCAGAAUAACAAGGUCAACGACCUUAUUCGGCGAAUGUCCUCAGUCAUCAACAGCAGGGCUAAGAUAACCACCAGUACCUCACCUGAGCAUAUUCCUGAGCUAGCCCUUCCAUCGAUGAACUAUUUAUCUGCUGCAAAGUACAUAGCUAUAUACUAUGAACAAGUCCAUCCUCUCUUCCCUCACCUCGAUCGCGAGACAUUCGAUUCCACCGUCGCAAACCCCAAUCUCAGCACAAUCCUCAUCAAUGACACAGCUUUUUCUGCUCUAUAUCACUCCGUCCUCGCUGUCGGUAGUCUACACGACGGUGGUGGUAGCUUUGAACCUGGAAAGGGAAAGGCAUGGGAAUUACUUUCCGCCGCAUUAGCCAAGGUACCCGAUUUCCCAAAGGCCAAAAACUCACUGGUCGCUCUUCAAGCGAUAACAACAAUUGCCGUUUAUUGUCUCGGUGUACCCUGUAUAUCCAUCGAGCAUAGGAUCAUGACGGAGAUGGCGCGUAUGGCUCAAGAUCUAGCACCUUGUCUUUGUAAAGGUCCCAGUGCAAAGUCGUUCUAUAGAAUAUUUUGGGUCGUUUACGUGAUAGAGAAGAUCAUGAGCUUCCACUUUGGCCGCCCUUCGGCUAUAAUCGACGCUAAUAUCAUCGCGCCUAUGCCUUACAUACCUGAAUCCCACCUAGGAACCCUGAACUGGACACACAUACUCGCUCAACAGAGCCGUCUUUUGUCACGAGCGAUGAAUACUCUGUUUUGUCCUGGUGUCUGCCAUAGGGGAUCGCAAUACUUCUUGAUGACGAUUGAUCAACUCCUCGAAGACCUUGAACAGUGGAGAGCUUCUAUCGCUGAGGAAUAUCGCCCAGGAUACCCGGCACAGUUCAAUUUCCUUCGAAGGCCGGUACACGGCACAGUUAGGAUCUGGAUCAACUAUCUCUACUGCAGCCUCAAACUCAUCUUGCUGAGGAGCAGGCUACAGAUCGACAGCUCUCAGGGCAGCGGAAUGGGAAAUACAAGUCAUAGUCAGCAGCUCAUAGAGGUUUCUCGUUCAGUACUCGAGAUUAUUACAUAUGUUGACGUCGAGCCCUCAACACCAAUGUGGAUUAUCGCAGCUGUUCCACUCUGCGCCCUCUUUGUUCUUUUUGACCACGUCAUCAGCAAUCCCAAGUCUCCAGACACAAGAAGUAACCUCGCUCUACUCAACAUUGCGGGUGGACAUUUCAGUCGUAUUGAAUUCGCGAGUGAAGGAACGUUGCCUGGCUCGCUUAUCAGUGAGUUUACAUAUAUCGCACGCGAAUACAUCAAUCAGUGCGACAACCAGGAUUCACUAAAGGGGGCACAAAGCAUGAUGCUCUCUAUGAACCAUGAUACCUCAGGGGACGAGACUUGUACUUCUGGAGUGAGCCACAGUCUUGAGGAGGAGCUUGAGAUGGCUCAGGCUACAGUUCUGAACUCUACAACACUGAUGGAUCCUAUCUAUGCACCGAUAGAAAGUCUUUGGGACAGUGGAAACGAUCCACUAUAUGGUAUAGAUGUGAUGAACCUUUUUAAUAGUAUUAUGUAA